AUGGAGCAACAAAAAGGCAUUCCUGGGACAAAACCGUUUAGGGUACAAAUUGUCGAGCUUAAGACAGAAUUGAGUAAAUUGGAUGGGCAAAUAGGUGAUUAUAAAAAAAAAAUAGAGGCGACAAAAAAGAAUGAUGCAAACAAUUCGCCUAUGGCACCACUUAUAGCAAAGCUUAAGGAACUUACUCAGGAUUUAUCCGAUCUUACCUCUAGCAAAAAAGAGUGUUAUGAUAAAAUUAAUUCUUUAAAUGAAACCCACGGAGAUUUUCUAAAAACGCCAAUCGAACCAAAAGGGUCUAUUACUACUGAAUCAAUAGAAAAAAGAUUAAAAAAUAUUAAUUUAGAUAUGCUUAAAUAUCCAUGUAAUGCUCAAAAAUCGAAAUCUUAUGAAGAUGAAAUUAAGGAUUUAAAAUUAAAAAAAAUUAAUUUAGAAGCAGAAAGGAAGAAGCAUGAAGCUCUAAGACAAGCACAAGAAGAAUAUAAAUUGUUGAAGGCUAAAUUAUCAGAAAUCUAUGCAAAGAUGGAUAAAAAGAAAGCUGAUAUAAAUGAAGUUAAAGAAUCUAUGAAAGGGAUUAAAACGGAAAAAAAUCCUGUUAUUGUAGGAUAUGAAAAAAUUAUUUGUGAUCUAGAAGCAAAGAAAGAGGAAAUUAACAAAAAAAUAGCAUUAAAUCAAGCGGAGAUUGCUAAGAAAAAGGUAGAUUAUGACGAAUAUUUAAAUAAGAAAUCUAUUGCAGAAGCUUAUGAAAAAAGAAGAAUUGAAAUUUGUGAUAAAAUUAGAGAGAUGGAAACUAGAAAAGAAAAUAUGGAAGAUGAAAAAGAUAAAUGUGAUGCAUCUAAAUAUGACUCAGUAAUCUUUUUCUUAGAAAAGAAAACAGGGAAAUCUGACGAAAGAAUAACAUUCCCUAUUGAUAUUGUUAUGUCUUUGUCUCAAUUUAAGGUUACAAUUCCGUCAACUGUGGGUCAAAUCUCAGAAACUAUUUCUCAAUUGAACAAAAAGAAAAUGAUUUUUUUAGAAACUGUGGUCAUUAGAAAGGGAGAGCUUAAAAGUGAGAUAGAAAAAAUAGUAGAAGAGAUUUCAAAAGAAAAGGCUUUAUUGGCUGAAUUACCAAUUAGUGAAAUAAAACUACCACGUUUGCAAACCAAACCCGGUAGUAAUUAA